CUGCGAUAAAAUCAUCAGUGUCGGCGCGCGGUUCCUGGAGUGGGAUUGGGGCUGAUUGGGGAUCUCCAUUUUGCAUCAAUCCUGGAAUGAUUACAGUAGAUUAAAGAGCUUUUGAUUGCAUCGCUUGAACUGCCGUGGUGAUGUGUAGAAAUGGCGUGCUUUGGUAUUGAAUGAUUUGUACAUUUGUAAAUAAGGAGAGCCGUCGUUGGGUUGGGUGGUUGAUAAUCAGUUCAGAAUGACAAAAUCACAGAACUGACUCUUUAACCACAAGUUUUUCCUUGCUUUGUCGACCGACAGCUAUUUCUUAGACUCCACUUCAACGCUCCACGCACAGAAGGCACAGGUGUGUACAGCGGAGACGCCGCGAAAGCCUUGGAUUGAUCAAUUUGGUUGUACUUGUUGGAGGAUGGGUGCAGUACGUUGGCCUCGUGAAUCAGAGCAGUUUAAUGUGAUUAGGAGAAAGGUUGCGGAGAUGUCUGGUAGGGAUAUUACAGAUGUCAGAGUUGUCGUGUCCCCCUAUAGGAUAUGCCCCCUGGGAGCUCAUAUUGACCACCAGGGUGGUAUUGUUUCUGCAAUGACGAUCGAUAAGGGUAUACUUCUUGGCUUUGUCCCAUCUGAUGAUUCUCAGGUUCUACUACAAUCUGGACAGUUUCAAGGAGAAGUGAAGUUCAGUGUAGACGAAGAACCAAUACCUGGAAAGGCUGCAAAACAAAAUGGUUCAAAUCACUUGAAGGGAUCUUUCAGCACGCAGGAGGAAUGCAGCUGGGGAAAUUAUGCAAGAGGAGCACUUUAUGCGUUGAAGAAGAGAGGAAACAAUAUAAAACAGGGCAUUAUUGGGUAUAUUUGUGGUGCGGAGGGACUGGACAGCUCAGGCCUUAGCUCUUCAGCAGCUGUUGGUGUGGCAUACCUGUUGGCUUUUGAAAGUGCAAAUGAUCUUAUAGUGUCUCCCACAGAGAAUAUUGAGUAUGAUAGGUUAAUUGAAAAUGAAUAUUUAGGUCUGAAGAAUGGUAUAUUGGAUCAGUCAGCCAUAUUACUUUCCAGUUAUGGCUGUUUAACUUGUAUGAACUGCAAGACAAAAGAACACAAUCUGAUCCGUGGUCCAGAAUUGAACAGCCAUACUAGCAACGAGAACAAUAGCCCAUUCAAGAUAUUACUGGCAUUUUCAGGAUUGAAGCAGAAUUUAAUAUCAAAUCCUGGGUAUAAUUCCAGAGUUGCAGAAUGUCGAGAAGCUGCAAAGAUUUUACUUCAGGCUUGUGGGAAUGAAGAGCUGGAGCCAAUCCUAUCUAACGUUGAACCAGAGGUUUACAAGGAACACAAGUGCAAACUAGAUCCCAAUCUUGCAAGAAGGGCAGAGCACUAUUUCUCAGAAAACAACCGAGUUCUCAAGGGGCUUGAGGCUUGGGCAUGUGGAAACUUGGACGAAUUCGGGAAGCUGAUAUCAGCAUCUGGUUUAAGUUCAAUCCAGAAUUAUGAGAGCGGGUGUGAACCACUUAUUCAGCUGUACAAGAUCCUUCUGGAAGCUCCCGGAGUGUAUGGAGCUAGGUUCAGCGGCGCAGGGUUCCGUGGCUGCUGCAUUGCAUUUGUAGAAGCAGAGCGGGCGUCGGACGCGUCAUCGUACAUCAAGAUGCAGUAUUCUCAGGUCCAACCGGAGCUAGCAAAACAAAUGGAUGAGGAUGGGCUGGUCCUCGUAUGUGAUGCAGGUGAUUGUGCUCGUGUAAUUUGAACACCUUCACUUUCUUGCUUAUUUUUCAAUGUCUUCAUCUUGAUUUGAUUGAAAUCUUCAUUCGCAUUUAUACUUGUAUUAUGGAGUGAUUCUAUUUGAUCUUUUCAAUGAAUUUACAUCGCUAGUCAUUA